AUGAAACCGAUAUUUGGAGUUUAUCAACAAGGAGGCAGGCUAUACUAUCUAAAAUAUUAUCUAAUGUUAUGUUUACUGUAUAUUCGAAAGUUACAACAAAAACUCACCAAACAAAGCGACAAUCUCAAAGAUGAAGGUUUGGACAAACCACAAUUGCUUUCAGAUAACGUUCAUGCGGUAGAUGCAGUUUACUUCAACGGAACUCAAUCAGACUUAUCUUGGAUCGUAUGUGGUACAGCCAGGAGGAGAAACAAUCUCGUCAACGGAUUUCUUUAUCUAAAAGUGGCAGGCUUCAGCGACAAGUUAUUGGUAUCUCCUAGAUUACCCGAUACAUGUAUGUAUCAAACAGAGGACGAAUUUGGACAAUAUCAAGUGGAAGGACUUAAAUUGUAUCCGUUAGAGCCGAUGAAGUCAUGGAAACUGGAAUACACCGGAAAAAUGCGAUUUGAAAAUGACCAUUCGCAGCUUCUUGAUGUGAAUUUAGAAGCGAAAUGGACAACCAACUUUUCGUAUUUUAAUUUCGCUUCCGACAUGGAUGCUACGUCAAUUGCUCGUGCCACGGCGAAAGAAUUAUGGUCUAGAGAGCAUUUUAAAAACUUGAAAAAAUAUCAUCAAACACAUUACGAGCAUUACGGGUUUCUAACCGGAAGCGUUCAUAUAAAUGGUGCAAAAUAUGAACUUAGUUUGGAUUGCAUGAGAGAUCACAGCUUUGGUGAACAAAGGAACUGGAAACACUUCCACCGAUAUGUCAUGCAUUUUAUACAUCUUGAGAAUGGCGACCGCAUUACAGUCGGUGCGAUUUGCAUGCCCAAUACUUUUUCUAGUUUAGAAGUUGGCUUUUUGAGUUUUCCGAAUAACAAAGGGAAUCUUGCAAUUAGUAAUGUCUACAUGAAUUUGUAUCACUACGGAGAGCAAGGUUGUCCACCGGUGGAUUACGCAUUUCAAUUUGCCGCAGAUAAACGUGUUUAUACGGUUAAAGUAAAGGCAGUUAUUGGUCCAGAGUUUUACAUUGGAACAGAAAGUGAAUGUCGAAUCGUAGAGCAGUUGUGCAUUUUCGACGUUAACGGCAUAAAAGGAUGGGGAGCUGCGGAGUGGCAAUAUAGAAAUAAUAGCAGAAUUUUAAAUUAA